AUGAAUGACGGACCAACCCCGCAAAUGAGCACCUGGCGGCCCAGCGAAGGUGCCGACGCUCUCCAUCAUUCUAGUAGCAGAGAACAGCAGACCGUCUAUGAGCCCAGCGGCAUGGAGGCGAUGGAUCGAGCUCUCAGACUUGUGCGGGAGGAGCACAUCCGAUGGAUGUUGGAGGCAGUGCAGAAGAGGGAGAAGGCGACAAAGAUGGAGGGUCAGCUGACGGAGAUGGAGUACGCAAUCCAGGAGAUCUCGAUCCUCAAGACGGAGAAGUCUUCUCUUAUCUCAGAGCUCGAGCUUGCGCUGGAGAGGAUGAGGGACCUGGAGGUAGCGUUGAGUGGCAUGAACAUCGAUCGAGAAGACUUUGCGCGAGCGCGGGUGGAGAGCAAGUCCCUGCUGGAAGAGAACAUGCUGCUGCGACGCAAUGUGCAAGAGCUCGAGAGCUACCUGGAGCAGGUGGCAGUCGACCAGGAGGCGCAUGUUCGGCUGCAGAAGGAGAACGAGAGGCUGGAGAGUGAGAUGUCCUUCCUGCAGGAGAAGCUGCGCACGUUCGACCAGUCACAGAACGGGCUGUUCCAAGCGCAGGAGAUAGUGCAGGCGCUGGAGGCAGAGAUUGCGUCGUUGAAGGAAGAGAGAACGAUGUGGAAGGAGCGGGCGAAUUAUCACAUCAAGGAGAAGGUGCAGAAUGAGGGCACUGCAGUGAAGUGGAAGGAUAAGUAUGAUCAGGAACGUGCCAAGUAUGAGCGGACGAGUGAGGAGGCGGAUCAGCUCCGGAGAGAGCGAGAGGCAUGGACCGAGAAGAUAUCCCUGCUCACUGCUGACAGGGCCAAGCUGCAGCAGGACGUUCUCAGGAUCAGGGUGGAGAGCGAGGAGUCUGCCAUGAUCGCCAGUCGGCUGCGGAACCAGAAUGAAAUCCUCGUCUCUGACCUCAGCAAAGCUCAAGAGGAGCUGCAGCUGCUCCUCAGGGAAUACAACGAGCUGAGAAAGCUGCACCAAGACUUCGCGGCUAAGCACUCUGCCUGCACUUUCCGCUCCGCCACCUACACGUCGCGCCAGAUCUCUGAGACCUCCUCCCCCAUCGCCAGCAAGUCCUUUGUUGGCGUCGGGAUCCUCCUCGGCAAACAGGAGAAGGUCAACAAUCGCCCUGCUCACAUGUACGUUCUCAAAGUGAUCCCGGGAAGUCCUGCGGCACACUCAAACCAGAUCAGUAUGGGCGACAUCCUGCUUCAGAUCGACGACAUGCCGAUGGAUGGGAUGGACAUCGAAGACGCGUUCGAGUGCCUGAGGGGCCCAGAGGGCACCAAGGAAUUUCUCUUCCGUGCUGGGGCAGGCGCGGGGUUGACCUCCAUGCUCAGGCGGUACGGCCAGCCAAACUCCAGCUGA